AUGCCCGCUGUCACCGCCCCCGCUGCAGCUACCGCUACCCCCGCUUCCCUCAAGGCCGCCCCUGUUGAAGGCCAGGUCGACGUUUCUUCCCUCUUUGUCGCCGACAAGGCUGCGCGCCAGGCCGCGGCUCAGUCCCUCGCCUCAAUCGCUCAAAAGGACGGCCCUCUUGCCAUCAAGUCCACCGGCUUCGCUGAUGCCGCCGUCAAGGCUCUUGCCGACAAAAAGUCGCCCGCCGCCCGCGAGGGUGCUGCCGAGGCUGUUGCAAUCAUCGCAGCUUCCGCGAGCAAGGCCCUCGAGCCAUCUUUCAUCGAUUCCGGCCUCUACGCUGCUCUCCUCGAGGCCUUCGCCGACAAGAUGCCUGCUGUCCGGACAGCGGCCGUCGAGGCGGUCCGGGUGUACGUCGCUGCUGCGAACCCAUGGAGCACUGCCCUCAUUCUCCCUGCUCUCCUUCACGAGAUCAAAACCGCCGGCAAAUGGCAAAUCAAGACUGGGUCUCUCGUCAUUUUGGACCAGCUCGUCAAGAGCGCGAAGACCCAGAUGGCCAAGCUGAUGCCCGAAAUCGUCCCCGUGCUCGCUGAGGCAAUUUGGGAUACCAAAGCCGACGUGAAGAAAGCUGCUCGCGAAUCGCUCACGAAGGCCACCGCUCUGGUGUCCAACAAGGAUAUUGAACGCUUCAUUCCUGCUCUCAUCAAGGCUCUGAUUAAUCCCGUCGAGGAGGUGCCGACCACCAUCCAGCUCCUCUCGGCCACGACAUUCGUUUCCGAAGUUGACUCCCCUACACUUUCUCUAAUGGUCCCCCUUUUGUCCCGUGGUCUCUCUGAGAAGCUGACCGCCACCAAGCGUAAGGUCGCUGUCAUCAUCGACAACAUGGCCAAGCUUGUUGACUCUCCGGUCACCGUUCGUCCUUUCCUGCCUAAGCUCCUCCCUGGUCUGUUGAAGGUCGAGACCACCAUCGGCGACCCUGAGGCUCGCAGUGUUGUUGGCCGUGCCAUCGCCACCCUCCGUCAAGUCGGCGAAGUUCCUACUGGCGAUGGAUCGGAUCUUCCCCCUCUCAAACAGGCUGAGUUCAGCCAACUCGCUCACUCUCUUGCUGCUGUUUACAAGAAGGCCGGCGCUUCUGCUGUGCCAUCUGUCGCUGACGAGACCACCAUCUACGUCGCUCAUCUGGCCACGAACCUCUUGAACGCGAAGAACUUCGACGUUCCCGAGUGGGAUACCCUCGCCCCCUUCCUUGGCUUCCUUGCUGCUACCCCAGACCCCCUCACGAUUGCACGGGAGUGGGUGGUUCGCUCUGCUACUGAGGACAUUGAGGAUGGUGAUGCACUUGAGGAUGAGGAGGAGGGUGAAGAUCUUUGCAAUUGCCAGUUCUCGCUCGCGUACGGUGCCAAGAUCCUCUUGAACACCGCCGUCCUCCGUCUUAAGCGUGGUCACCGCUACGGUCUCUGCGGUAAGAAUGGUACCGGAAAGUCGACGUUGAUGCGCGCCAUCACCAAUGGUCAAGUCGAGGGCUUCCCUUCCCCCGACGAGGUCCGCACGUUCUACGUCGAGCACGACAUCGAUGGCAGCGAAGAGGAGACUUCUGUCCUCGAGUUCAUCCUUUCGGACAAGCGCAUUCUCGCUGACAAGAAUGAGGUCAUUGAGACCCUCGCGUCCGUCGGUUUCAAUGACGAGAGGCAGCUGCACGCCAUUGGCAGUCUCUCUGGUGGUUGGAAGAUGAAGCUCGCCCUCGCCCGCGCCAUGUUGUUCAAGGCCGACAUCCUGUUGCUCGACGAGCCCACUAACCACUUGGACGUUGUCAACGUUGCCUGGCUGGAGAACUACUUGACUGGCCUUACCCACUGCACGUCCAUCAUCGUCUCGCACGACUCCGGCUUCCUCAACAACACCAUCACCGACGUUCUUCACUUGAACCGUUUCAAGCUCCGUCGUUACAGAGGAAACCUCGAGUCCUUCGUCAAGCAGGUCCCUGAGGCCAAGUCUUACUACACUCUGGAGGCAGCUGAGGACUACAAGUUCAAGCUCCCCGACCCCCCUUUGCUCGAGGGUGUCAAGACCAAGGAGAAGUCGCUUCUCAAGAUGCGCAAGGUUGGCUUCCAGUACCCAUCCCAGCCCGUCCAGCAGCUGUACGACAUCACGCUUCAAGUUUCCUUGUCAUCUCGUGUCGCUGUCCUCGGCCCCAACGGUUCCGGAAAGUCGACGCUCGUCAAAUUGCUCACUGCGGAGAUGGAGCCGAACAAGGGUGGUGAGGUGUGGAAGCACCCCAACUUGGUCAUCGGCUAUGUUGCCCAGCACGCCUUCCACCACAUCGAUAACCAUCUCGACAAGACGCCCCUCGAGUACAUGUUGUGGCGUUACCAGACUGGUGAAGAUUUGGAGGAGAUGAUGAAGGCUAAUCGCCAAAUUUCCGAGGAGGAAGCGCAGAAGAUGAAGGAUGGUUCCAUUGUCGUUGUCGAGGGUCAGAAGCGUCUCAUCGAUGAGAUCACUGCCCGCAAGAAGUUGAAGCAGUCAUACGAGUACGAGGUCUCGUUCAAGGGUCUCUCUUCCUCGGAGAACAUCUGGCUUCCCCGUGACGAGCUCAUCAAGCGUGGUUUCGAGAAGAAAGUUCUCGAGGUCGAUACUCGUGAGGCUCAACGCCUUGGCCUCCUCCGCCCUCUCGUUCGUCGCGAGAUCGAGUCCCACUUUGCAGACUUUGGUCUUGAGCCCGAGUUCGUUUCGCACAACACCAUGCGUGGUCUUUCCGGUGGUCAGAAGGUGAAGAUCGUGCUCGGUGCUGCCACCUGGCGUCGCCCUCACGUCAUCUGCUUGGAUGAGCCGACUAACUACCUCGAUCGUGAGUCGCUCGCCGCUCUCAUCGAGGCCCUGAAGGUCUUUGAGGGUGGUGUGCUCGUCAUCACCCACAACCGAGACUUCUCCGAGUCGAUCUGCCAGGAGGUGUGGGCCAUGCGUGAUGGUCGUCUCGAGGCCUCCGGUCACAACUGGGUUGAGGGUCAGGGAUCUGGACCCCGUAUCGACAAGAACGACGGAGCUGAGGAGGACACAUAUGAUGCUAUGGGUAACAAGAUCGAGAACAAGAAGCAGAAGAAGAUCACGUCUGCUGAGGCUCGCAAGCUCAAGAAGGAGCGCAUUGCACGGAAAAAGCGAGGCGAGGAGAUCACCGACGAUGAGCUGUGA